GGUUACAACAUGGGCAUGAGGUAUCUAUAGCCCUGUUUACACGCAAAGUAAUGCACAUUGUAAUCCAGAUUAGAUAAUGCGCAUUAGUGCGUUUACACAGCCACAAAGCCAGUUGUGGUUUUAUGCUGUGUAAACAGUCUGAACCGGAUUAGUAACCUCAUGCAAAGUGCUUCAAUUGGAAAAGAAGUAAGAAUCUUGGAAAGAGGACCUUAUGUAACAGUUUGGAGUGAUCUAAUGGCUCACAAUAAUAAAACAACAAGCUGUAAUUAAAAGUAAAAAGAAUUCAGCAAGAAGAAGAACUCGUUUUUAUGAGAGACAGGCUCAAGAACGUUUGCUGUUUGCUAUGACAAUGUCUUUAGCAACAGCCAGAAUGUCCUCAACACCAAGAACUAUCUGAACAAGAGAAAGAAGUUCUCAGUGGUGGGAGCGGGUUGUAAUGGAAACGUUUACCCAUCAAGACUGGAUGCACAAUUUCCGAAUGAGCCGAGAGACGUUUUUAUUCGUCUGCCAGGAAUUAAAAUCUAUUGAAAAAAGAAAUACCUUGAUGAGGAAAGCCAUUCCACUCCAAAAAAGGGUUUCUAUCGCUCUAUGGUUUCUCUCCACCAAUUCUGAUUUUAGAACGAUUAGCCAUUUGUUUGGUGUCUCUAAAGCAUCGGUUUGCCUCAUAACCAUAGAUGUGUGUAUGUGCAUUGUUGACCAUCUACUUCCUAAGUAUAUCCGUAUGCCUUGUGGUGAUGCAUUGAAGCAAGUGGUGGCUGGGUUUAAAGAGAAAUUGGGGUUUCCACAGUGCGUUGGAGCAAUUGACGGUACACAUAUACCUAUAAUCUCACCACAAGAGUGCCCAGCCGACUAUUACAACAGAAAAGGUUGGCAUUCUAUCAUUCUCCAAGGAUUGGUCGAUCACAAUGGUCUUUUCAUGGACAUUUACGUUGGCUGGCCAGGACGAGUCCACGAUGCAAGAGUUUUCUCCAAUUCCUCACUGUUCAGAAAAGGUCAAGAAGGAUCAUUGGUACCCACUUUGACGGAGAUGAUAGAGCAGUGUGAAAUUCCACUCGUGAUUCUAGGUGAUCCGGCAUAUCCACUUUUAAAGUGGCUCAUGAAGGCCUAUCCCGACACAGGACGUCUCACCCUUGAACAGAAGACUUUCAACUAUCGCCUUAGUAAAGCUCGAGUGGUUGUUGAGCAUGCGUAUGGUCGUUUGAAGGCUCGAUGGAGAUGUUUGAUGAAGCGUAAUGACACCAAUAUUUGUGAUAUACCUAACAUUGUCUCAGCUUGCUGUGUUUUGCACAACAUCUGUGAACUUCGAGAGGAAUCAUUUGAUGACGAGUGGAUUGAGAGUGACUCAUCAUUUAGUAUGAUUAGACAGUCGGCAUCUGACUCAGUAGAUAUUAGUGGUGACCAGAUAAGGAGUGCAUUAACACAAUAUUUCAGUACAUGAUAUUAAUGUGACGUAUAAUUAUAAUUAUAUGUAAUAAGGACUGUAAUACUAUGAUUAUAAUUAUAACGUUUGAUGAUUGAA